CAGUCAGAAAUGAGACAGCUGAAGUACUGAGCAGCUGUCCAUUUUUGUGUAUCUUUCCCCUAAACCCUCUAGAGGAAUAUGUGUUUUAUUCUUUCUUGCAAGUCAUAGGGAGUGUCAGCAGCCAUGUUCUGAGGCUCAUUUUUCUCCUAAGGACAAACCUAGUACAAUGUAAUGGAUCAGUUUUGGUUUUCUGUCAGUCUCCAGAUGAAUACACACUCAGCAAAUAGACUCUUGGUGCUGAAUGUACUUGUCUACCUGCCCUUAAAUUCAGAUAAUUACAAAAAGCUUUAUUUGUCUGCCAGCUAAAAGAACAUCUUGAAGCAGAGCAGUGUUGGAUUGACAUUCAGAGUUGCAGAGCACUUGUUCCUUCCUGUGUAGAAAAAGAUCACGAAGACUAGAAGCAAUAACACAGGAUAGCCUGAAACCACUGGGCUUAGUAGUCCAAGAAGAAAGGUCUGAGUUUUGAAGAGAAGAGGGCCCGCAUGAUGGAGAUUUUUUUUGAAACAAAAGAUGUUUUCCAGUUGAAGGAUCUAGAGAAGAUUGCUCCAAAAGAAAAAGGGAUUACCUCUAUGUCAGUGAAAGAGAUUCUGCAAAGCCUCGUUGAUGAUGGCAUGGUGGACACUGAUAGAAUUGGAACUUCCAAUUAUUUCUGGGCUUUUCCAAGCAAAGCUCUUCAUGCCAGGAAGCGUAAAUUGGAGGAGUUAGAGUCUCAGUUUGCUGAAAGCAGUCAGAAAAAAGAGGCUUUACAAAAAAGCAUUGAGAAAUCAAAAAUUGGACGUGAAGAUACUGUGGAUCGUGCAGCUCUGCUGAAGGAACUUGCUGCCCUUCGGCAGAAAAAGGAGCAGCUAAAGACAGAAAUAGACAAAUACAGGGAAUGUGAUCCAGACGUGGUUGAAGAGAUGCGCCAAACAAACCAAGUGGCCAAGGAGGCAGCCAACAGAUGGACUGAUAACAUCUUUUCAAUAAAGUCCUGGGCCAAGCGUAAAUUUGGAUUUGAAGAGAGCAGAAUAGAUAAAGGUUUUGGAAUCCCAGAAGAUUUGGAUUACAUUGAUUAGUGUUCAGUUGAUGGCUGACACAGUUGUGCAUAGUUUGUUAGAUAUUCCUAGCUGCCAUUAAAAUGUGAAUCUUUUCCAAACAGGUGACCAUCCUUUAAUUUGCUGGUUUUGUUAAGGUUAAUAAAAUACUAAAAAUA